GGACACAACUGCAGCUGCAAACUCAGCAACAAGAGCCACGGUUCAGUCAUGUUUGGGUUCCUCUUGCCCCUUGUACUCUUCCUCCUGCCGCUGGCACUGUCUGUGCCCCAGCCGCCCUGCAGCCGCUGCUGUGAUGACCUCCCACCAGCAGAGGACCCCAUGCGGACUGUGCCUGAGGUGCACACAUACAUCAACAUGACUAUCCUUAAAGGUGAUAAAGGUGACAAGGGUGAUAAGGGGACUCCAGGUAAGCCCGGCUUAGAGGGUCCUCCAGGACCCCGGGGCCACGAGGGCCCAAAAGGCUCAAAGGGCCAAGCUGGAGUUCCAGGUGACCCCUGCAAGUCAGAGCACUCAGCGUUUUCAUUGGGACGUCGUAAGGCCCUCCACAGCGCCGACUAUUACCAGGCCCUUAUUUUUGACACUGUCUUCGUCAACAUCCCGGAACACUUUGACAUGUUCACCGGAAAGUUCCACUGCCGCGUGCCAGGCGUCUAUUUCUUCAACGUGAACAUCCACACAUGGAACUUCAAGGAGACCUACCUGCACAUCAUGCAGAACGAGGAAGCGCAGGCCAUUAUUUAUGCUCAGCCUAGUGAUCGCUCCAUCAUGCAGAGCCAGAGCAUCCUGCUGCCCCUCAAACUAGGAGAUGAGGUGUGGGUGCGGCUUUACAAACGUGAGCGUGAAAAUGCCAUCUACAGUGAUGAUGUCGAUGUCUACAUCACCUUCAACGGAUACCUCAUCAAAUCUAGUUUAGAAUGAUAGGCCACUGCUCAGAGGAUUGAAACAAGUUAAACAAGUUAUAUACAAAUUAACCAAAAUGUAAUCAAUCAGCAAAGACAUGUUUACCUAUAUCACCUUCAUCAGAUACCUCACAAAGACAGGGCUAUGGUGAUAGAAGGGAUACAUGGAUAUCUUUAAAUGAUGGGUGUAAAUCUCUCCCAGCAAGACACGUAUACACGUUGGUAAAAGUCAAUUUUACAAAAUUUUCACCUUUACUUUAAAUUGAGAUCCAAACACCAACACCAAAUUAAGAGGAUACUUCUACCUCACUAUAUUUUCGUGAGCUUGAAACUUCUAUUUUAGUAGAACUAUAUGUAUCCCAGUGGUAUUCAUAUAAACAGCAAAGACACAGAGGGUCUAGUCUGAGAUUGCCAUACUGAACACAUGCGGACAUAAACAUACUGUGCCUUUGUCUAGCUCACAGCAGAAAUCUGAAAAAUCAUCUUUGAAGCGUCUUCCUGUAAAACCAGGUUUAUAUCCACAUAGCACCAACAUUUCAAACUUGGACUUUAUUCCGAAAAUCGUUUCUGCAGUUGCCAGAACAAACACGUUUACUUUCUACUAAGUAUUCUUAGGCUUCUGUUCAAAUGCAAAAGUCUGUCAAUUGUAUUACCUCAGAAACCCCAGUGGAUGCAUUGUAUGAAUAGCCAUUGGACACACCUGGAAAACAUCAGGGCUGAAAAUCUGGAAAAACUAGGUCAACUGGUGGUCACCAGACACAUUGUUUCUUUCUUUUUACAAAUUUGUUUUAAAUGAAGUGAACAGAUUUGCACCCAAUGAACCAUAUGAGCGAAUCAGGAGAAUACCUUCAGUUUAUAUAGCCCUCAGUGAUGACCUAGGAUCUGUUUUUGCCUUUUGGCCUAAUGAGCACCACAUAAAUAGAUAUAGAGAAGCUGAUCAUCAGUGUUCUAUUACCCGACUGACCUCUGACAUCAUUUUGUAGUUGUUGGCUUGUUCAAAUAAGAAAGUCUAAGUCUAUUUUGUCUGUACAGAUACGUUUUAGUAAGGAAUAGCUGUGGUAAAGAAAGAUGUUCUGAACAUGAUACAUUUUUGGCCAGUUUUCAUUGUUCCUGUUAAAUGCUAUGGCAUCCACUAAAUUGUGAGGUCAUUAAGUAGUCAAAAUGCAGUGACACUAUUUUGAGCGGCCCUUUUUAGAUUAAAUAAACACUCAACAGACUCUCAGUAACAUAUCAACAACAAAUCAAUGAUGUAGCAGCAUUAAAUACAUUCAGUAGAUUAUCAAACUUAAUAUCCAUAAAAUUGCUUUAGAACCUGCUGAAUUUAGUUGUUUUUCAUUUUAUGUGGUGUCCAGGUUCAUAUCUGUAAAUGUUGGCAUAAGAGAUCAUUGAACAUGAAAAUAGAUUUAAUACAGACCUUCUCAACACCCUCAACAACCAUUCUUUAACUGGAUCUUAACUGGAUUAGGUUUUGGUUAAGGUCAGGAUUAGAGCCAGGAUGAGGGUUAGGAUUAGGUUUUAUAGUUGAGGUUAAGGUUUGGGUUAAGAUUAGGGCCAGGGUUAGGAUUGGGUUUCAUGGUUGAGGUUAAGGUUAGGAUCAGGAUUAGGGUCAGGGUGAGGGUUCAGGUUAGGUUUUGGGAAAGGUUAGGUUUGGUGUAAUGGAAGUAGCAUAUAAAGUCUAAUUCAUUCAUAUCAGUAGUACAUCUACUUAAUGUAAGUAAUGUAUCAACAGUACAUCUUCAAAUUAUUUACUUCAGUGUGUUCAGAUGAUUCUCUAUUGCAAUAUAUCACUGAUAUGUUGUUGUUGCGUUACUGUUACUGUUAAAAGGUCAUUAAUCACCUACAAAAGACACUCACAAUAAAGCAUUACCCACAUUACAUAUAAUGGUACAUACAGUGGCCAUAAAAACUGUUUGGAUGCUGACUAUUUAUGUGGAGAAAGCUUGGAGAAGAACUAGCCAGCCAGACUGCACUAAUAGUGAAGCACAGAGGCAUGGCUGUUUUUCUAACUCAGAAAUGUGUAAAGACAUUCUGGAAAGAAAGUGUUCAACAAUUUGAGAAAAAAAACCUCCAGCUGCAUUUUGAAAGAAUUUGCAAAAAAUAGCUUGGAAUUGUCUGUUUAAAAUAAAUUGCGCUUGGUUUGUCACUUUAUUCUCCAAAAUACUGAAGUAAUAAUGUUAAGCAAAAAAUGUCCAGAUACUUUUUGGUCCCACUGUGCAUGCUACAAGAAAUCUAACACUCCAGGAAAUUGCAUUGGUGUUGCAUAAAAGUCUUUUACAAAACAUCAACACUCUAGUAUAACAAGUUAAUAAUAAUAAUAAUAAUAAUCUUU